UGCUGCAGGAAGAGCCGAGAGGAUCAUCUUUAUGGAAAACAACCAGCACAAAACGACGAGAAGGACGCAGAAAUCAUAAAGUGGUUUUGAACAAGUUAAAAAAGCGCAUAGGGGAAAAAGGAAGGAAAAAGCUCAGAACCAAUCUCAUUCAUAGCGAUCCGUGCGCACCGUGGGGCAAAAUACAUUUAUGAGUGCUUGGCAAUAAUGGAUCUCAGAUAAUACCACCGUGAUAUCGCCGGGCUCCAGAAAAUCGGAAAGCAGAAAAAGGGCAAAGCGGAGAAAUCAAAAGCGUAUGCAAAAGCACACUCACACACGUGUGUGUGCGUGCGUGUUUGUGUGUGAGUGGGUAAAUUUGAUAAAGAAUGAGAAUAGGCUGCGGAGAAAGAAAUUGCAGCAACAAUGUGAAUGGGAAUGGGGCACAACAAUAGCGGGGGACCUCAAAAACAGCAAAACGGCAAGACGAAGAAAAAAAAUCACAGGACCAGCAAAAAGUGAAGAGCUAAAUUGUAAAUCGAAAUUCCAAGAAGUGAGCUUUGAGCAUCGGCUCUUAUUUUAUUUUUUGUUUUUUUAGUUGUUUUCUCGGUCGUCUGUGCAUUAAAAAGCCUGCGAAGUGUGCGAAAAAAAGCGUUUGAGAUACUUUUGCGCGCGCGCGCUCUUUUCGCAAAUCACCGCCGAAAGGGUUAAGGGUGGUGCGGUGGGCAGGCAUGGGUUAAAGGCUGGGCGGUCCCAGUUUUCGCGAGUGUGUGCGUGUGUGGUAGACAAUGCAAUGCAAUUAGAAGGAGGCGCAAAGAGGAGCCAGCGAUGGGAAGUCUAGAUAAACCUGCAUAGUGAAACCUGCUCGUUCAAAAUGAUCACCUAAAGCCAAAAUCGGUGCAAGCAAAAAACCCAAAAAAAAAAUAAAUAAAAACAAAACCGAAUAAAACGUGAAUAACUAAAAAUCGCAAAAGUUCAUAACGCAAACAAAGUUUAAUUAGCAUUGGCAGAAAAAAUAAAUGUAAAUUGAUUUUGAGAAACCCAAGGGCAGAAAACUACAACCGCAAUCCUACGAAAUUCAACAAAAUAAAAGAAACCGUAACGCAAACCACCGCAAAAAUUGCUUUAGAUUAAAACCAUAGAAGAGUACGGAAAACAUAAAAACCACUCACAAAUCGCAUCAAACAAAAUGACGCUGCGCAUAUCGGCCACAUACGGAAAUCAUCGAGGGCUCAUCAUUCCUGGCUGUGUGCUGCUCCUGAUUUUGGCCACCUUGCCACCAGCCUCGCGGGCAGGACGAAUCUUUGACGUCACAAAUCUGGACUACGUAAAGGUGAAUGCCGAGGCGGGCAAGAACGUGACCAUUCCGUGUCCGGGGGUCAACGAGCACUCGCUGGUGGACACGCUCGUGUGGAAGACGGCGUCGACGACAAUCGCGCAGUUUGCCAACCGGAUACCCCUGCUCCACAGUCCGCGGAUUCAACUUCUUUCGGACAACUUCGGCCUGCAGUUUUCCCCUUCAUUAGCGAGUGAUACCUCGGAGUACAUAUGCCUGGUGAACGAUCGGCAUAUACCGGAAGCUAUAGUCGACUUGCUGGUCCAGGAUGUGCCCGAUCCGCCGGAGCGACCAUUGUUGAUAAGUUUCACAUCACGCUCGGUGAAUUUAUCCUGGGCGCACUCGCAGCAUCCGCGGAAUGCGCCCGUCACGCAUUUUAUUAUCGAAACGCGCGAGGGCGAGGAUGGCAUCUGGGAGCAGCUGGCCAGGAUCUACACGAAGACAAAUGCGACGUCAUAUCAGGUGACCGGGCUGACGCCCUUCACCGUCUACAGCUUUCGUCUGCUGGCGGUCAACAAGCUGGGAAUCAGUCCGCCGUCCAAGGAGUCCUACUACAUAGUCACGUUGCGUGAGGCUCCCACGGGCAAGCCCAUCCCGACGACGGCCCACAACACGUCCUCCACCUCCGUGUACAUCUCGUGGAAGGCUCCGCCGCCGGAUACCAUACUGGGCGAGUUCCUUGGCUACCGCAUCACAUAUCGACCACGCGAUCGGGACCCCAACGACACCAAGGAAAUCUAUAUACGCGACAACACCGUGGAGAGCCAUGAAAUACAGAACCUCCAGACGUACACGCAGUACAAGGUGACGGUGCAGGUGUUCAAUCCCGAGGGUCUGGGACCGGAGACCACCAUUCUGGUGAUGACCGACGAAGGAGUGCCAAGCAAGCCGCAGAAUCUAACCAUCCUGGAUGUAUCGGCCAACAGCAUCACGAUGUCCUGGCAUCCGCCAAAGAAUCAGAAUGGAGCCAUCGCCGGCUACCAUGUGUUCCACAUCCACGACAACCAGACUGGCGUGGAAAUCGUGAAGAACUCUCGCAAUUCGGUGGAAACACUCAUUCACUUCGAGCUGCAGAAUUUACGACCCUACACCGACUACCGUGUGAUAGUAAAGGCAUUCACCACCAAGAACGAGGGCGAACCCUCCGACCAGAUUGCCCAGCGAACGGAUGUGGGAGGACCCAGUGCUCCGGCGAUUGUGAACCUCACCUGCCACUCCCAGGAGUCCAUCACCAUUCGGUGGCGACGACCCUACGAGUUCUACAACACCAUCGACUUUUACAUCAUCAAAACGCGUUUGGCUGGCCAGGAUACGCAUCGGGAUAUAAGGAUUAAUGCCUCGGCGAAGGAACUAGAAACUGCCAUGAUUCUUCAAAACCUAACAACCAACUCGUACUACGAGGUCAAAGUGGCAGCGGCAACGUUCAGUGUCAUAAAUCCAAAGAAAAUUGUGCUGGGCAAAUUCUCGGAGUCAAGGAUUAUUCAACUGCAACCGAACUGCGAGAAACUGCAACCGCUGCUGCGGCAAUCCCAUAAUGACUACAACCUGGCCGUUCUGGUGGGCAUCAUCUUCAGCUGCUUCGGCAUCAUCCUGAUCAUCAUGGCCUUCUUCCUGUGGAGCAGAAAGUGCUUCCAUGCGGCCUACUACUACCUGGACGACCCGCCACACCAUCCGAAUGCCCCCCAGGUGGACUGGGAAGUGCCCGUGAAGAUCGGCGACGAGAUCCGCGCAGCUGUGCCCGUAAACGAGUUCGCCAAGCACGUGGCCUCCCUGCACGCGGAUGGGGACAUUGGAUUCAGCCGGGAGUACGAGGCCAUCCAGAACGAGUGCAUCAGCGAUGAUCUGCCAUGUGAGCACUCGCAGCAUCCGGAGAACAAACGCAAGAAUCGCUAUCUCAACAUCACAGCCUAUGACCACAGUCGGGUGCACCUGCAUCCCACACCGGGCCAGAAGAAGAACCUGGACUACAUCAAUGCCAACUUCAUCGAUGGCUACCAAAAGGGACACGCCUUCAUCGGCACCCAGGGUCCCCUGCCCGAUACCUUCGACUGCUUUUGGCGCAUGAUCUGGGAGCAGCGGGUGGCCAUCAUAGUGAUGAUCACCAAUCUGGUGGAGCGCGGCAGGCGCAAGUGCGACAUGUACUGGCCGAAGGAUGGGGUGGAGACCUACGGCGUGAUCCAGGUCAAGCUCAUCGAGGAGGAGGUCAUGUCCACGUACACUGUGCGCACCCUGCAGAUCAAGCACCUGAAGCUCAAGAAGAAGAAGCAGUGCAAUACCGAGAAGCUGGUCUACCAGUAUCACUACACCAACUGGCCCGACCACGGCACCCCGGAUCAUCCCCUUCCUGUGCUCAACUUUGUCAAGAAAUCCUCGGCCGCCAAUCCCGCCGAGGCUGGUCCCAUAGUCGUGCACUGCAGCGCUGGCGUUGGACGCACUGGCACCUACAUCGUCCUGGACGCCAUGCUCAAGCAGAUCCAGCAGAAGAACAUCGUCAACGUCUUUGGCUUCCUGCGCCACAUUCGUGCGCAGCGGAACUUCCUGGUGCAAACCGAGGAGCAGUACAUAUUCCUGCACGACGCUCUGGUGGAGGCCAUCGCCUCCGGGGAGACCAAUCUGAUGGCCGAGCAGGUGGAGGAGCUGAAGAACUGCACUCCCUACCUGGAGCAGCAGUACAAGAACAUCAUACAGUUCCAGCCGAAGGACAUACACAUUGCAUCCGCCAUGAAGCAGGUGAACUCGAUCAAGAACCGCGGCGCCAUCUUCCCCAUCGAGGGUAGUCGGGUGCACUUGACGCCCAAGCCGGGCGAGGAUGGCAGCGAUUAUAUCAACGCCUCCUGGCUGCACGGCUUCCGGCGGCUGAGGGACUUCAUAGUCACCCAGCAUCCCAUGGCGCACACGAUAAAGGACUUCUGGCAGAUGGUCUGGGACCACAAUGCACAGACCGUCGUGCUGCUCUCAUCCCUGGACGAUAUAAACUUUGCCCAGUUUUGGCCGGAUGAGGCCACGCCCAUCGAGAGCGAUCACUAUCGCGUCAAGUUUCUGAACAAGACCAACAAGAGCGACUAUGUGAGCCGCGACUUUGUCAUCCAGUCGAUACAGGACGACUACGAGCUGACGGUCAAGAUGCUCCACUGUCCCAGUUGGCCGGAGAUGUCCAAUCCCAACAGCAUCUACGACUUCAUUGUCGAUGUGCACGAGCGCUGCAACGACUACCGCAAUGGACCCAUCGUCAUUGUGGACAGAUAUGGUGGCGCCCAGGCGUGCACCUUCUGCGCCAUCUCGUCGCUGGCCAUCGAGAUGGAGUACUGCAGCACGGCGAAUGUGUACCAGUACGCGAAGCUGUACCACAACAAGCGACCCGGGGUGUGGACAUCCAGCGAGGACAUCCGUGUCAUCUACAACAUACUUUCAUUUUUGCCUGGCAAUUUGAACCUGCUGAAGCGCACGGCGCUUCGGACUGAAUUCGAGGAUGUGACAACGGCCACGCCGGAUCUCUAUAGCAAAAUAUGCAGCAAUGCGGCGACAGAUGCUCAAAACCUAGAUAUUGUAGGCUAAACUAAAGAUAAAUUUACAUAUUUACAGAGAGGGAAUUUAAAUCAUUUUAUAAAUGUUUAAAUAUAAAUACUUAACUUUAAACCUUA